GUGAUUGUCUGAAUGCAUGCACAGCGAGCUAGGUGCUUGAAUCCUUUAAGGCGCGAUCAAUCCACGAGCGCAGUAAGGCAUUAUCAUAGUAGUCAUAGGUACUUUCCAGAGCUCGUUUCCAGACACCCGGCUAGUUUUGAGCGAGCGAGCAGCCUUACAAAGAGCAUGGCCCCUUCGGUGCAACCUGGCGGCAGGCCGUCCGUGGUCCUUUUCGACAUGGAUGGCCUGCUGCUGGACACCGAGGGUGCCUAUACGGUGGCGCAGCAGCGUAUCCUGGACCGCUUCGGACGCAAAUUUACGUGGGAGCUGAAGGCCAAAAUGAUGGGGCGGCAAGCGCUGGACGCGGCUCGGGUGUUGUGUGAGGACCUCAAGCUCACACCAGAGGAGAUCACGCCCGAACAAUUCCUGGUGGAGCGGGACGCACUGCUGCAGGAGGCCUUCGCCAACUCGCCGCUCAUGCCGGGCGCGGAGCGACUGGUACGGCACCUGGCAGCCUGCGGGGUGCCCAUGGCCGUGGCCACCGGCUCACACGCCGCCGCGUUCAAACUCAAGACCUCCAAGCACGGCCAGCUGUUCUCGCUGUUCCACCAUGUGGUUACGGGGGACAUGGUAGCCAAGGCCAAGCCCGACCCGGAGAUAUUCAUCAAGGCCGCCGCCGGCUUUACGGACCCGGCUGUGACGGACAUGGGGAGCGUGCUGGUGUUUGAGGACGCGCCCAACGGCGUGGAGGCGGCACGUGCGGGCGGCAUGCGGGUGGUGAUGGCGCCGUACCCGGGCCUGCCGCAGGAGCACGUGACGGGAUGCGGCGCAACGCAGGUGCUGCCGUCCCUGGAGGCCUUCAAUCCUGAGGAGUGGGGGUUGCCGCCCUUUCCUACCACCGCCGCGGCGUCCUCUUGAUUGAGCAUGCAGCCCCGUACAGCGUGAAACCAUGCGUGGCCAGGGGUUGCAACGUGCUUGUGUGUGCUGGGAGGCAGCUGCCGGUGCGUGCUGACUGGCAUGUUGCGUUUAGGACGGGGUAUCUGAGGAGCGUGCAGAGAGUCUGGAGAGCAAUGGAGGGUAAUGAGCUUUGCUGACCCCAUGCGGCUUUACAUGUGGGCUGUUGGUCUCCGUGUGAUUCGCUUCUUCUGAUUAUUUAUUCACCGUCUGCAUGGGAACUAUGAAGCGCCCUGGUUUAUUCGUGCGUGCGUUGCGAUGGUUCGCUGCGGAGUGGAUUGACACGGCUCGACGCAUGACUGUUCUAGUGGGCACGGGUUUGGCGUAGCUGAUCAGGCAUACCGAGUUGUGAAAGCGGGGUAUUGCGCGUGCGCGUGUGGGCUUGUACAAGGGGCUGGCGAACGAGUUGGAGCGCGACCGGAUCUAUUACUGAAGCUUGACGCAUGUUAUGCUGGAUGUUUGGCUGGAAAGUGCCCAAGUGGUGGUGUGGGAUGAGGGAUUGACCGAGGUGCUUGACCGCCCCAGCCAACUCCAGAAUACACUGCAAGGGCUCAUGAUGGUUAGAUUGAGGCUCCGCAAGGCUUCUAAGCGCGUUUGACGUGGGUGGGUGGGGUGUAAAUGUUUCGAAAAGUGGCGGAAGCAGACGGCACGAACUCGUGUCGGACAGUGAGAGCACAGUUCCCACCAGACGACCGGCGAGCACGACUGUACAUUUCGUGAUGAUACAAGAGGUACCUGACUAUUGUUUGCAGCGACGGACGGUCACAGAUAUGCCACGGAAAACCGAG